UCACAGUGAAACCUCCACAUAUAUGCAUACCGUACGUUUUAUAGAGUGAUUUUUUUGUGUCACGGAUUGUCUUCAAGUGCCGGAACGCUCGUCAUACAUUUCCUCCCGGAUAACUCGACUAGUUGCGGGUGUGGCACAAGGCAGAAUGCAUCCGUGCCUACAAAUCACGGAGCUGCUGGAUAUUAUCUUCCGCCAGCUGGACGAGGACCCUGUUUUCUCGGCUUGCACGUUAGCAAGCCUAGCCCUGACAUGUCGGAUGUUCGUUGAACCAGCUCUCGACGUUCUGUGGGGGCGCCUCACAUCCUUUGGGCCAUUGAUCACACUCUUCCCAGAAGACGCGUGGUGGAGAAUAGACACCCCGAGUGGAAAGUCCUUUGUGACUCUCCUGAGGCCGCCAGAAUCUCAUGAAUGGGACAAGUUCAUGCGAUACGCUGCGCGUGUCCGACAUGUGGUGUCCUCUACCCCACUUCAGCGGGUCACAGAGGCGCAUCCGCCGGUCUACAGCAUCUUGCUGGACCAUAGACCAACCAACCACUUAUUCCCCAACCUCAAGCGCAUUGAAUGGUAUUUCGAUCACAUCUUCCCAGAGGACAGCAUCGCGCAGCUAUCAUUGUUGCUCUGUCCCAGAGUAACGAACAUCGCAACCUAUGCACUCAAGGUCAUGCCCGAGAGGUUGUCCAAAAGACUAUCCGACGAACUAAUGACGUUCAUUAUCGGACACAUCAACAUUCAGUACAUCAAGCUCUAUUGUCCUCACAUCCGAUCCCUCGUGACCUUGAUACCCACCGUCAUCUCCCAGAACAAGAUCAUACGGACUCUCGAUGUCUUACAGGCCUAUCCUCUAGCGUUGCAUCGCGACGUUUGGCUCGAGUUGUCUCGGCUCCCAAUGCUUGAGAAGACCACGAUCUUUGCGGACGAGUUCCUUGGUUCGGACCAAGAGUGGAAGCAAUUAGUCAACUCAUCGGAACUUAUUUUCCCCUCCCUACGGCAAGUCAGCAUUCACGCGACCGACUUGGAGAAAUGUUCUCGCUGCAUGAACGCAAUCCAAUCGCCGUUUCUGGAGAGGCUCGACAUCAGCGUCACACAUGCCCCGACCAACCAGGAGGUCAAAGUGUUCUUCACUAACCUCGCAAAGCGUUGCGCCAAUGCGCCAGUGCAGUGGUUGCGUUUCAUGUCCGUCGUCGGUUGUCCGCGUCACGACGACAGCUACGUCAUUGAUACGGACACCUUGCGGAUUCUCCUCUCUUUCCGGGACGUCAUAAGCUGCGACAUUGGAUUUCGCUGCCCGGUGCGCGCAGACAACGCAUUCCUCGGGGACGUCGCUGCCGCAUGGGCCCCGACUCUCCAGCAGCUCGAACUCGGCUCAAGCUGGAGACAGCGCCUCGACUCUCCAGGCGUCACACUGCAGGGGCUCUUAUCGCUCCUCGCGCAAUGCCCAUUGCUAGGCUAUCUCGGGCUGGUGUUCGAUCCACGCGUGGACGAGUUCAAGGAGUCAUACAAUGCAGGCCUGCGUCCCUCCAGAGACGUGCGGGGGCGGAAUCGUCUUGUGAAGUUUUCGAGUGGCGCGACGACCCUCAGGGACCUCGACGACUCGGAUAUCGUCACCCUCGCGGGCGUGCUAUCCGACAUCAUCCCGUCCCUGGCAUCCUUCCAGAGCCUGUGGAUCAGGGAUGGACCUGAGAAUCUGCCUGGAGACGAAGAUCCCGACGACGUCGACGAAACGGAGGAAUGGCGGCGUUUGAUAGCACUUCACAAGGAGAUGUCGGCGAUCAGGACGCAAGAGAGGGUGUGGAGAAUGAAGGCUAAGGCGCGAGAAGCGAAGGCGAAGGCGAAAGCAGCGAAGGCGAAGGCGAAGGCGAAAGCAGUGUAGGACUCUUCACAUACAUGCGACACCAUGAAGUGCUGUACAUGCGACGCCAGGCGAGUCGUCGCUCUGCUCUGUAGAAGCUUGCUUGGAUUGUUAUAUAUGUAGUCCCGUAAGUUUUGACACUGGGCUGCGUGCCCCUGUACGUAGCUCCGUAGAGUUUGCGGCCUAGCUGUAGGUCUAGUACUGACAUCGUAUGCUCAAUGCACCAAUUUAAUAAUACCAAUAUUCCUCAUAU